GCACCACUGCGGAAGAUGAAUGGAAAGAGCCAUGAAACUGCCCUUGCGCUGUCUGCCCAGCAGCACCGGGUUCGAUAUUCAGACUCUGUGGAGGAGGGCACUUAUAUUUUUCCCCUCUCAGGUAUUGCUUUCAUGAUCGUGGACACACAGGAGUGCGCAGACAGCCCGGGAGUAUCGAGGCUUUUUGAGAAGAUUGGGAAGUUUAUACAGGUUCACCGAAACAGCUUCCUGCUCUUCUCGUCGUCAUUGCAUGCACAAAGGGAGCAGGAGAUCCUGUUCCGCAUUCAGCAGAGUUUCCUGGGCAGCAAACUUCGCAUUAUACCUGUGCACAACGUUGCAGAGAUGGUGAAGAGCAUGCUUACUAUCGCAAAGGCGACAAGUAAGCCUCACGUGGACAGUGUGCGGGAUCGGAUGGCAUUGGCACGGGCUCAGAUCAUCGAGAGGAGCCCUGUGUGGGACGUGCUCUCCAGGCUGCAGUUUGGGAAAGAAUGAAGCUCUCUAGGUGUUCCUCCUUACGGGCUGUGUUCCGUAACUGUGUGACGAAAAUGCCCGUUGUAAAAGACAUUCCCUCUGUAAAGCGGCACAGGUGGAUAUGCACCAAAUUCUUCAAAAAGAAUUGUGUUACUGCAGUAGGUUAAGACUAGUUUUAAUUUCUGAUUGUCACACAGCAAGAAAGGAUUUGCUUCUAGAAUUUAAACACAGGUUUUGUUAUAAAGACUAAAGCGUUUUACAUAAAAUAUAAUGCUGUAUGAAAUAUUUUUUUCAGAACUGUUUUGAAAAUUGUGACCUAAAGUCUGCUUAGAAGCAGCAUUUAAAAGCCAAGAUUCCCUUAAAAGUUAAUUUAACCAACAGUCUGUGAGAGUUGUUCUUUUAAUUUGCUUCUCUUUCAAUAAAGGACAACAGUAUGAAACA